CACCUGCGGGCUUGUGAGGCAGCGAGACCGGAGUUACUCCUGCUGGCGGCGGCGGAGGAAGCGAGCCUGCCUAACCAGCACCCAUUGUAAGCCGAGCGGGGAACCGGAGCGGGCGGCGGCGGCGGCGGCGGCGGCUCCAGAAAGAUGCACGGGGGCUUCAGUUGGAAACAAUGAGAGAGGUGCAGUCCAACAGAUUUCCUGGUUCUGUUCCACAAAGAGUUUUGUAGGAAACCAUUAGCACCUUGAAUGGUAUUCAGAAUCUGGAUCUAGAUUGAAGCAAGAAUUCUGAAUCACUGUGGGGUUGGGAGAGGAAGCAGGAAGAAUGAGAUAUCCAGGGCGAGGACAGGAUCCCUUCCCAGCCAGGAUUUAGUGUCUAGAAAGAAAGAUAGUAAGGAUUGCACCAUGGCUCCGAGAAAAAGGAGUGGGCGAGGGAUUUCUUUUAUCUUCUGCUGCUUCCGAAGUAAUGAUCACCCAGAAAUCACGUAUCGGCUGCGGAAUGACAGCAAUUUCGCCCUGCAAACCAUGGAGCCCGCAUUACCCAUGCCUCCGGUGGAGGAGCUGGAUGUUAUGUUUAGUGAGCUUGUGGAUGAACUUGACCUUACGGAUAAGCAUAGAGAAGCCAUGUUUGCUCUACCAGCAGAAAAGAAAUGGCAGAUCUAUUGCAGUAAGAAAAAGGACCAAGAAGAAAAUAAAGGUGCCACGAGUUGGCCUGAAUUUUACAUUGAUCAGCUUAACUCCAUGGCUGCUAGAAAGUCAUUGAUCGCUUUGGAAAAAGAAGACGAAGAGGAACGAAACAAAACUAUAGAGAGUUUGAAAACAGCACUAAGGACCAAACCUAUGAGGUUUGUAACUCGAUUCAUUGAUCUGGAUGGCUUGUCAUGCAUUCUGAACUUCUUGAAGAGCAUGGACUAUGAGACUUCAGAAUCUCGAAUCCAUACCUCUCUCAUUGGGUGCAUCAAAGCCCUGAUGAACAACUCUCUUGGGAGAGCCCAUGUCCUGGCCCACUCAGAGAGUAUUAAUGUAAUUGCUCAGAGUCUGAGCACUGAAAACAUUAAGACUAAGGUGGCGGUGCUGGAAAUCAUGGGCGCUGUGUGCCUGGUUCCUGGGGGUCACAAAAAGGUACUAGAGGCCAUGGUGCACUACCAAAAAUAUGCCAGCGAACGGACUCGCUUUCAGACAUUAAUAAAUGAUUUGGAUAGAAGUACGGGACGAUACCGAGAUGAAGUAAGCCUCAAGACCGCCAUUAUGUCGUUUAUCAAUGCUGUUCUAAGCCAAGGAGCUGGAGUGGAAAGUCUGGACUUCAGACUCCACCUUAGAUAUGAAUUCCUCAUGCUUGGAAUUCAGCCUGUAAUUGACAAGUUAAGAGAACAUGAAAAUUCCACAUUAGAUAGGCAUUUAGACUUUUUUGAAAUUCUUCGAAAUGAAGAUGAGUUGGAGUUUGCCAAAAGAUUUGAAUUGGUUCAUAUAGAUACUAAAAGUGCAACCCAGAUGUUUGAGCUCACAAGAAAGAGAUUGACUCAUACAGAAGCCUACCCGCAUUUUAUGUCUAUACUUCACCAUUGCCUCCAAAUGCCUUAUAAGAGAAACGGCAACACAGUCCAGUACUGGUUACUGCUGGAUCGUAUUAUACAACAAAUAGUUAUUCAAAAUGAUAAAGGGCAGGACCCUGACUCAACACCCCUGGAGAACUUUAAUAUCAAAAAUGUUGUCCGAAUGUUGGUUAAUGAAAAUGAAGUAAAACAAUGGAAAGAACAAGCUGAAAAAAUGAGAAAAGAACACCAUGAGCUACAGCAGAAAUUGGAAAAGAAAGAGCGAGAGUGUGAUGUCAAGACCCAAGAGAAGGAGGAGAUGAUGCAGACCUUGAAUAAGAUGAAGGAGAAGCUUGAAAAAGAACUAUCUGAGCAUAAACAAGUGAAACAGCAAGUGGCAGACCUCACGGCACAGAUCCAUGAGCUUAGUAGGAGAGCAAUAUGUGCUCCAGUCCCUGGAGGACCCCCUCUGCCACCCGGUGCCCCUGGGGGGCCCUUACCUACAGGCUCUCUAGGAUCUCUCCUGCCAGUUCCUCCUCCACCCCCUCCUCCUGGGGCAAUCCUGCCACCUCCUCCACCUCCACCCCCUCCUCCUGGGGGCCCACCACCUCCCCCAGGGCCCCCACCAAUUGGAGGUCUGACUCCAGCUCCAGGAGCUCCUUUGGGAUCAGCACUCAAGAGGAAAAACAUCCCUCAACCCACACAUGCCCUCAAAUCCUUCAACUGGUCCAAAUUGCCUGAGAACAAGCUGGAAGGUACUGUGUGGACUAGCAUUGAUGAUGCCAAGGUAUUUAAGGUGCUAGACCUUGAAGACCUUGAAAGAACAUUCUCCGCUUACCAAAGGCAACAGGACUUCUUUGUGAACAAUAACUCCAGACAGAAAGAAGACUCCAUUGAUGACACACUGAGUUCCAGGCAUAAAGUCAAGGAGCUUUCAGUAAUAGAUGGUCGGAGGGCUCAGAACUGCAAUAUUCUGCUCUCAAGGCUUAAACUAUCAAAUGAUGAAAUUAAACGUGCAAUUUUAACAAUGGAUGAACAGGAGGAUCUGCCAAAGGAUAUGCUUGAACAGCUUUUAAAAUUUGUUCCUGAAAAAGCUGACAUUGAUCUUCUGGAAGAACACAAGCAUGAGUUGGAUCGGAUGGCCAAAGCUGACAGAUUUCUCUUUGAAAUGAGCAGGAUAAAUCAUUACCAGCAAAGGCUGCAGUCCUUAUAUUUUAAGAAGAAGUUUGCUGAGAGAGUUGCUGAAGUUAAACCCAAAGUUGAAGCCAUUCGAACUGCUUCCAUCCAAGUAUUCCAGAGCAGAAGCCUGAAGCAGCUGCUUGAAGUGGUUUUGGCUUUUGGCAACUACAUGAACAAGGGCCAGAGAGGGAAUGCUUAUGGCUUUAAAAUUUCUAGCCUCAACAAGAUUGCAGAUACCAAAUCCAGCAUUGACAAGAACAUUACCUUGUUGCACUAUCUCAUCACAAUCAUAGAAAAAAAAUAUCCCAAAGUAUUCAGCUUACAUGAAGAAUUAAAACACGUCCCUGGAGCCGCCAAAGUAAAUAUGACUGAACUGGAGAAGGACAUUGGCAACUUGAGGAGUGGGCUCAGGGCUGUGGAGACAGAACUGGAAUACCAAAAAUCCCAGCCUUCCAAUCCAGAGGACAAGUUUGUUUCUGUGGUUAGCCAAUUCAUCACUUUGGCCAGCUUCAGCUUCUCAGAUGUAGAAGAUCUUCUAGCAGAAGCCAAAGAACUGUUUAUCAAAGCAGUGAAGCAUUUUGGAGAAGAUUCUGGCAAAACACAACCAGAUGAGUUCUUUGGGAUCUUUGACCAGUUCCUUCAAGCUGUAAAUGAGGCUAAACAAGAGAAUGAAAACAUGAGGAAGAGGAAGGAAGAAGAAGAGCGACGGGCACGCAUGGAAGCUCAGCUCAAGGAGCAGCGAGAAAGGGAGCGCAAGGCUAGGAAGGCAAAAGAAAACAGUGAAGAAGGUGGAGAGUUUGAUGACCUGGUCUCUGCUUUAAGGUCUGGGGAAGUCUUUGACAAAGACCUUUCUAAAUUGAAGCGCAAUCGCAAACGCAUCACGAAUCAGCUGGCAGACGGGAGUCGCGAGAGACCCAUCACAAAACUCAACUUUUGAAUAUCGUCUUUUUUAAGAGUGUUAGUGGGGGGAGAAGAAACCUGACCAAUAAUCUGGUAAAGCCUGGUCUUUUUUUGCCUUCUGCCUUGGUGGUCACACAGUGGCAUCUUUCCUCCCCCACCCUGCAUGUCUGCGUGAGCGGGUGUUAAAGGAAGCAUGUGUGUGUGUGUGUAGAUGUGCUGUAUAUACAAAUCUCUUUGGGUGGAUGGAGACCAAAAGGGUGUGUGUAUGCGUGGACAUGCUUGUAAGCACGCACGGUGGCUACUGCUUGAACGAAUGUUCCCUUUUCUACCAGUUAUAGUGGCAUUCCACAAACAGCUUCUCCAUUUCAAAAGCACAAACAUUGGAGAGGGAGGCUGAUAAGAGGCAGAAACACCCAGGGGGAACGAGGGAGGCUGAAUAGUAACAUUCAGCUCGGCUUAUUGGGGUCCUUGAGGCCGAUACUGAGGGGAAAAUAGGAAGAGAAUCGUGCAGGAUGACCUGAGAUCAUCUUGACCUGGAUGGACCCACCUUGACUGACUCAUCACUGCUGGGAAUACAGUGGCAAAAAGUCCAUUACAAACUCUUCUUGUUCAGCCUGAACUGUAUUUCUUGGAAAACAAUCUUAUCUUCUGUAUCUAUUAUUACCUAAAACUUGAACAUCCCUUGUAAUUCUUGUGCUGGCUCCCUUUAUUCCCUAAUCUCUCUUUUUCAUUCUUUCCCAGCACUUUUGGACUCCUUGGGGAGCUUUUCAUCACUGUAAUAAUGCACCUAUAGAAUUGAUUUGUUUUCUUAUUGAAGACCAAUGGGGAAUUGGGGAGGGAGGGAGGGUUGCUCUCUCUUUUUGGGAAAAAAAAUGGAUCCAAGAAUCUAUGUGUUCAUUCUGUUUUGUUUUGAUUCCCUGUCCAAUAAGACAAACUCUAUUCUCUGUAAAUGUAGGUCAGAAGUUACUCUGGGCCAGUUCCGUUUUGUAACAGUUGUCUAAUCAGCAGUGAUUCCAGAAGAGCCUUGGGGGCGCGGGGGGGCGGGUUCGGGGCAUACCUGCAGAUAUUGGGCGCUAUAUGUAAUCCUCCAUACAUGCCCACUGAAGUCUUCAGAGCUAGGUUUUUGGUCAAGCAGUACCAGGAGUGGACCAAGUGAAUGUAGUGCCUCGGGUUUUUUAGAGUUUAGCUGAGAACUGCUGCCAUGAAAAAUAAAGGUGGCUCUUAACUGCUUAACUGCUCUUAAGCAGUGAGUUUAAUGUCCUCUCCUGAUGAUCCUAUGGCCUUGGGUUGAUUGGCACCACACAGAGGCCCUUGUUUGUAGAACAAGCAUAGGUAAAACUUAUUUCAAAGUUUGCCCUUUGUCCCAAAGGAAACAGCUUUGGUGAAAGGUUUUGAUGAAGUCCAGAGUUGAGGAGAGAGAUUUAAGGACCAAAUGUAUCAUGCAAAGCAGCAGGAAGCCCCCCCCCCUCAAAAUUAUAUUGCUAUUCAUGUUUUCUUGCAGAAGUGUUAAGCAGAGCUACCUAUAAAAAUGUCGAUCCAAAAUCUAAAAAAAACAAAAAACAAAAAAACAAAAAAAAACAUCAGAUUGCUCAGGGAGUAAUUAAUAAUUUAAAAACAAUAGUAAUACAAAGAAAUUGGAAAGAUGUUUUUAAAAUGCCAAUUUUUUUAUAGCGUGGCUUAAUCUUAUAGAGAAUAUUGAAGACUGUUACUUUUUGCUCUCUUUUUUUCCCCUCUUUUAUUUAUUAGUGGGAUUUCUCUUGCUUGGCUUUUUUUUUUUUUUUUUUUAACCAUCCUCAUGUUGUUAUCUGAAAUUGAACAGGGAUUUGUUUAUUUUAUUUUUAUUUUAUUUUUUUUUGGUCCUUGCACUAGAUAGUUAAUGCUGUUUGAAACUUUUGGGGGGUGGGGGUGGGGAGGGACUAGUAAAAGUUGCUAACUGGUUGGGGAAUUGGAAUAGCACUUUUCCUCAUGUGAACUGUAAAAGAAAUGUGUGGUUUUGUAUAAAAACUAGUUUGUACAAAAUACAGUUCUUGUUGCCGGGAUCCCCAGAUCCUUUUGCAAUCUGAAAGCUGUGAAGAUCACACCACAGAGAGCUGUCAGAGAGAUCUGUUUGUGCGUGUGUGUGUGUGUAUGUAGGCACGUGCAUGUAUUUUUCUCUCUUUUUUUUUUUUGAAAUGUCAUUUUUCUUAAACUGCAGCCUUUUUCAAUAAACUCUACACCUGGAUGGCUCGUCAGAUACCUUGCAAAACAGUCAGAGUGAGAAGGCUGAUUAUCUGAGUCCUUGCAGAGAGCAGAUAUGAGCAAAAGCUUUGCUCCAGGAGAAAGCAUCCAAGUUGGUCAUAACUGUUACUUAAAACUAAAGUGCCUCUCUUUUAUAUGUAUAUAUUGUAUUUAUAGAUGGAAGAAAAUUGGGUUAGAUGCGAUUUUUAGGGCGUUGAUGAUGAGAAAGAACUCAGAUAGAUCAGAGGAAACGUGAAUAAAGACAAAGCCAGCAUAGUAUGAAUAUAUAAAGAGGAGAAAAGUGCUGUGACAUUCAGUCUCCUCGGGAAGACCAGCCCUGCAAUCCAAUAGGCAUUUAAGAAUUUGGCACCCUUUCUAUGACCAUAGAAAGAGUAUUGCUGAAAAGUGAGUACCUUUUAUUUCCAGCCCCCAACCCACCCCCAGGACCAAUUCAGAUUCUCAUCAGGAAGCCAUUUACAUGGAGUAGACAUAAUGCAAGCAUAUAUGACUGACACAUGUCCCAGCAUAGAUGUCUCUGUUGACCCAGGACAUCCUGCAGAUACCCAUUGUGCAGAUUAACACUGCUUGAGGCAGUGCUUGGAUUUUCCAGUGGAGCUAUCCAGAAAUACACUACAAGCUGGAAAAUUAUUUAGAUAAUUCUUUCUCUCACUUUUUCAGCAGGGAUGUUGGAUUCACACAUUCAUUUUGGGAGGAUCCCUAUCAGCUUACCUUGUUUAAUCAUCCUACUGUAAAUCAGAUGGGAUUAGUCAGAAGGUGAAAGUGAAAUUCAGUGCAAAUUAAAGUGGAAGCCCUUAAAAUUCCCAGCCUUGGCAACUUUAAGAUAUGUGGACUUCAACUUCCAUAGCUGGCUGACGAAUUCUGGGAGUCAAAGCCCUUUAAAUCUUAAAAUUACCAAGAUAAGGAAACACUUCUUUAAAAAAACAGCAAUUUCGGUUCUGGCUUGAAAACCCUGUAAUACUCAAUUCUGAUCUGUUCAAAACUAAUCAAAAGAAACACAAUGUUUUAUUUGGAUCCAAAAUAAAUCUGGGCUCAUUAGUCAAGCACAUCGCUUGUAGGAUUUUGCCCCUACCCACUCCACACCACCCCAAAAAACUUCUUUGGCAUUUAGAACAUCAAGUAUCAAAUUGAGACAGCUGACUGAUUUGUGUUGGGCUGUCAGCAAUGUUAAAAUAGCUUCAAGGGGAAAUUGUUUUCUGUUUUGUAGGAUGGAUUAAUGGAUCUCCCUGGAUUUCUUGCAAUCUCUACUGCACGGAUUACAAAGGAAGCAAGGAUCCAGUGAAAACCAUUCCUUGUGCUUCCAAAUCAAACUUGAUCUGCAACAAGCCUUAUUUGGGAGGCUGCAUUUGCAAUUCUUUGUGCUUGUGUGAGAGAGUUUUUUUGUUCUUGUUUGUUUUCUUAAAUAAAUGUACAGAUUAAUCCCAUGUGCCAUUUGUUGUAAAUUACAUUUUUUGACUGGUGCUGGUGGAAGUAGCCACUCUAUUUUCAUUAUAAUUUUCCUCUUUGCAUUGCUCCUGGGUGUGUAAUUAAAAAAAAAUAAUGCCAAAAAAGAGAGAGGAAAACAAAAGUGAUAGUUUGUAAACUGAAAUAUACUAAGUAGAUUAGGAGUAGCAAACCAUGUAGUGGAUCUUAGAUACACAGAUGUUUUUAGCUAGCAGGAAAUGAUGUGUAUGUUACAAGACUGUACAUUUUUUAAAGAAAAACAACAAUAUGCAAUAAAGAGUAUACAUAAAAUUAA